GGCGCAGGCGCAGUCGCUCUCUGUGGAACGUCACCGGCGUGUGUGUAUAAUAUAUGUGAGUGUGUAUUUGCGUUUAGUCGUAGAGGAGUUUUCUUAUUACUCGUUAAAUUAGAUUAAGCCUCGGCGGCUCGUGUUUCAAUUCGGCGGUGUGUCCCCUCACUCUGAGCCCUCCGCGCUGAGGGUCAGCGGGGGGUGAGUGAGCGGCGCGCGGGGUCGGAGCUCCAGGUCCAGAUAAACACACUCCCAGAGAGAGAGACCCUGAGAGAGUGCAGCUGAAACUCACUCUGCAGAGCAGCACUGAGAAGGUGGAGGUCGGUGAUGACAUCGGUGGUGUUGGUGGACAGUGGGGGACGGGUGGUGGAGUACAUUACUGCAGUGGAUGAUAUACAGCAGGUGGAGGGUGUGUGUGCGGUGGACGGUGUGUAUGAUGGUGUGUGUGAUUACGCAGACGUGGUGGUGGAGCAGGUGGAGGAGUGUGUGGACGAGGUGUUGGUGUUUGAUGAUGCAGAGCUGAUACAGGACGUGGCCGAGGAACAGGAAGUGGAGACUGAAUCAGUGGAGACAGUGGAGGCGUCGGUGCACGGCGGCUACAGCUUGAGCUGUUCCGAUAAAACCAUCGAGGCGGCCGAAGCUCUGCUGCACAUGGACUCGCCGUCCAGCUUACGAGGAGGCCGCAGCCCAGAGGUGUUUGUGCCUCCAUGUGUGUCAACUCCGGAAUUUCUGCACGCUGCAAUGCGACCUGACGUUGUCACAGAGACGGUGGUGGAGGUCAGUACGGAGGAGGCGGAGCCUAUGGAGGUGGUGACCCUCAUAGAGGAGCCACAGGUGCUGGAGAGCAGCAGGAGGAGGAAAGCUGGGAGAAAGCCGAAGCCCCACCCCAUUUCAAACGGAUCCCCCGAUUUGGGCAUAAAGAAAAAAUCCAGAGAGGGCAAAGGAAGUACAUACCUGUGGGAGUUUCUGCUGGACCUGCUGCAGGAUAAGAACACCUGUCCCAGGUAUAUAAAGUGGACUCAGAGAGAAAAGGGCAUCUUCAAGCUGGUGGACUCCAAAGCUGUGUCCAAACUGUGGGGAAAACACAAGAACAAACCCGACAUGAACUACGAGACCAUGGGCCGUGCCCUCAGGUAUUAUUAUCAGAGAGGGAUUCUGUCGAAAGUCGAGGGGCAGCGCUUGGUGUAUCAGUUUAAGGAGAUGCCCAAGGACAUUGUGGUAAUCGAUGAUGAGGAGGAGGAUGAUGAAGAUAAGUUUGACUCCAGCUGUGAGGAUCUGCCCAGCGAGGUGUCGUGUGAGCGAGUGCUGACCACCGACUUUGCCAAGACCCACAGCAUCCUGAGGGGGACGGGCUCGGCCGUGCUGCACACCCCCUCCCAAAGAAGCAACGUCUCGCUCGCAGCCACGCCCCUCCAGCGCAUAGUGACGGUCUCUACGGCUACGGACGCAACGCAGCCAUCCCAUGCCACCAUUAUUUCUAACAACAGUGCACCCAGGACAGUCCGCGUUGCUAUGCAGGUGCCAGUUGUCAUGACGACCUCCUUGGGCCAAAAGAUCUCCACGGUCGCUGUUCCGUCUGCUAACCCCCAACUCCUCACCGCGGCGACAGUGCCAACUAGUGUCACCACGGUGACUGGAGGCUCUGCCCCGCCCCAGAAGGUCCUGAUCCAGACGGUUCCGGCAAUGGAGAACGGAGAGAAGAUCACAGUGCAGCUUGCCAAGAUAAUCACCAUCCCCACAGCGCAGCUCACGCACUGCCAGCUGCAGCCCAAAGGGGGCGCUGCAGCUCCCGCCGGCUUCAGCCUGCUGGGGGCACCCCUGGCACUGCGCUCCAUCACACCCACCGCACAGGUGGUCAGGCUAGCAGUGCCUGCCCAGGCGAGUCCAGCCCAGACGAGCCCCGUUCCCCGGCUUCAGAAUGCAACCAAUCCCGGCCUCGUCUCAGCCAGAAGCCCCACCCACACACCUCAAAACCUGCCCAGUCUCAGUCAGGUCCCAGUCAGAAACCCUAAUCCCAACCCGUCCCAGAGCCCAAUCCACACAGCCAAUCCUGUCCUUCCUCGAAGCCCUGCCCCCACAGUUCAAAUCGCUGCCAAUCGGAAUCCAGUUUCUGCUCACACUAGUCACACCCCUUCUUCAGCUACGGUACAGAUCCAGGUCCAGCGUGUAGGAGAGUCAAAAGUGGAUAGGGUGCCUCCUGCUGGACAUACAGCAGCUCAAACCCAGCCAGAAUCGACACCGCUGAGCUAGAGGUGGUGGACUGUGAAAACACACACACACACACACACAGACACACACUGCUACACAAGCUGCGUUCCAAAUGAUGUAGGCUGUAGUCAAGGUAGGGUGGGUCCUUAGUGGGAUUGUCUUGGGGCCAGACAAUUGAAACAGUCUGGUGACGUGCAAGUGUGCAUUUUUCAUUUCCUCACAGAAAUCAUUUUGAAUUUUUUUUAAGACAAACUCUGUAGCAGAGUCUUCAUUUCUUGCCAUUCUGGCUCCAGUUUUUGGAUUGUUGAUGGGUAAACGAUGGCCAGGAAGGAUACAUCAGUUGCGUCCUCCAAAUCGCGCCAAACGCUUUCAUUGGUACAGCGGCCAAGCAAUGCAGCCUACCUAGUCUACAGCCUACACUUAAGCCCAAUCUCAUUUCAGUCCUUAGCCCAAACACUUAGCCCUAUCCCGCUGUUUUGCACGUUCACGCCUAGGGGGAGGGGCUAUAAGAAAUGACUGGCAAUGUGGAGACACAAGCAACCUUUUCCUCUACAAAAAAAUAUAAGCUAUAUUGCUAUAGUUUAAUGCUAAGUUUUUCUUCAUAACGAGAAUAAAAAAUCACUAGUAGUAUGCCUAGCAGCAUUUCUCAUUCCACCUUAAAUGGGACAACAGACAGCAAUGGCUGCAUCAUUUAAGGUGAUAUGGGAAAUGUAGCUAUCUUGCCAACUAGCCACAAUAAAUGUUUUGCCAGGCAGCAGACGCUUUGGAAAAUUUUAAAUUAUCUAUCUUACCUUAAAUCCAGCAGCUAGGUUGUCGCCCACAAUCGUCCAAUUAUUUGGGCCUUGUCCCAAUUCAUAGGGAAUUAGUUUCUCUUGUAACUUUAUUGCUAAAUAAAACAAGGGUACGACAAAGGAAGGGGUACAAAUUAGAAAUGGGAUUGUGCCUAACACUUAGGAACGCAGCUCUUAUCAGCGACCAGCUAAUUAGUGCAGCCUCAGUGCUCCCCCUGGUGUUUGGCUGGUGUACGCAGAGUUUGUACAGUGGGCAGGAUUGAUCAGAAGGGUUUUAAGAAUUCAGGAGGGGUCUUGCGAUUAAUUGAGUAAAAGGGACCAAAACAGCCUAUACACUACAGUCCUAAAACACUACAGACACUACAGUAAAUCUGAGAAGCACUACAGACUGCGACUGACCUGUACAGAAGAAAGACUCGAACCAAAUGCGAACUGUUUCAGCCUGUAAAUACGUCGUUUUGAUAUCCUGGAAAGAGAAUUUUUUUUCUCUUUAUUAUUAUUAUUAAUACUUUUUUUUUUUUUUUUUUUUUUGCAUUUUUGAUGCAAAAACCAGCAGCUCCGCCAGAAAGGCCACUGUGAACGCAGUGUGGCCGAGAGCGACGGCAACACAGAGAAGAGAAAAGGGAGAAAAAGGGAGGAAUUGGAGGGAGUUUUAUUAUUUUAUUUUUUUUUAAACUCUCUCUCUCUCUCUAUCUUUCUCUCUGGACCCGGCAGAGGAAAGCAGAAACGCUGUACAUAUUGACUCCGCGAAUGAGCGACUCUGACAUCACAGCCUUAGAACUCUUCUUUAUCAGACUUUUUAUUUACCUUUAUUUACGUAUUCCAGUUUUACUACAUUUAAAGCGACAGUUCUGGAAAAAAAAAAAACUCCAUCAGUUAGACAAUCAGGAUUAAAUCACAUAUGAUUUAGUAUUUCGGUUCUGGUAUUUGGAUCCAGAGUGAAGAAAAGAAUUUUAAAAAAUAUGUACGUGGAUUUUAGCUGAACUGUCGCUUUAAGCUCGAGUAUUAUUAGCACAUUGUACGUAGCGCAGUAUUGCUGGCUAACGGGCAGCUCAUCGUUUGUACAUCCGUAGCCGUAGGGAGUGUGUGGAGUCUGUCCGGAUCAUUCAGAUUAAUCGGAUCAUCCGGAUCACCGGUCAAUGCCACACGCUCUGUUAUGGUUCUCACCCCCACAGUAGGAAAGGUCAAAAGGUCACACCGUCUGUCCCCCUUCACUUCUCUCCUCUCGGCACCGGUCUGGAGGAAGAGCGAGGCAUCCGUGUUCAGAAUGAACUAGUUUGUAUUAUUAUUCAACAUUUGAAGUAUAUUCUAUUUUGUUGUACUCUUGUUUCAAAGUGUAUUCAAGUAGAUUUUACUGAAUUAUAAAAAAAAAAAAAAGAAUUUCCACAGC